CAAAAUAUCAAUUUCUCAUCUUUCUUCAAUCAUUUACCGUCUUUCAGUAUGGCUGAAGCACUUGUUUCUUUUGUCUUGGAGCAGCUGGCUUCAAUCGCUCGUCAAGAGUUGAGGCUUGUGGCGGGUGUUGAUGAUGACAUCCGAAAACUCACCAGCAAUUUCCAGUCCAUUCGAGCUGUUCUUGAAGAUGCAGAGAGCAGACAAUUCAAGGAUAUUGCUGUGAGGAAUUGGUUGGAUAAGCUUAAAGAGGCAGCUUAUGAUAUAGAUGAUGUGUUGGAUGAGUGGAACACUUCUAUUGGGAAAUUACAACUCAAGGAAGUUGAAAAUGCUUCCAAUCCUAUGAUCAAAAAGUGGCAGAUUAAAAAAGCUGCCCAAUUACAUUCUUCAAUCGCCAACAAUAAAACAAUUGGAGAUAGAGUAUUGUUUUACUCUAAGUCAGCGUUACCAGAAGGAGAUAUGUGAAGAUUGGCACAAGAUCUCUCACAUU